AUGGACUAUAAAGCACUUGGACGAGCAGGCGUAAAGGUCUCACCGCUCUGUCUCGGUACAAUGAUGUUCGGUGGACCGACGAACGAAAAGGAUUCAAUUCGGAUCAUCCACAAGGCGUUGGACGCGGGUAUUAAUUUUAUGGACACCGCGAAUGUCUAUAACGACGGCGAAUCGGAACGGGUUAUCGGGAAAGCGGUCCGCGAAAACCGAGAGAAAUGGGUUAUUGCGACAAAGGUACACGGUGGGAUGGGAGAGGAUGUGAAUGCCGCGGGUUCACACCGAUUUCAUAUCAUGUCAGCAGUCGAAGCAAGUCUCAAACGUCUUGAUACGGACCACAUCGAUGUCUAUUACUUGCACCGCUGGGAUGCCACCACGCGAAUUGCGGAAUCGUUACGGGCUUUAGACGAUUGCGUGAGACAGGGAAAGGUGCGCUAUAUUGCCUGUUCCAACUUCGAGGCGUGGCGUGUUUGCGAGGCACUCUGGACAAGCGAAAAGCAAGGUCUGGAAGAGUUUGUAUGCGUCCAACCCCUCUAUAACAUCGUUAACCGAGAUCCUGAGGUAGAAUUGUUGCCGUUUUGUGAGAAGUACGGCGUCGGGGUUGUGCCGUAUAGUCCAUUGGCACGAGGUGUGUUGUCCGGGAAGUAUUUGUCCGGCAAAAAACCUCCCGCGGGUUCAAGGGCGGCACGUCAGGAUAGCCGAAUUUUGCAGACGGAACUCCGCGAGGAAAGCUACGAAGUCGCGCAAAACCUCAAACCCCUCGCAGAUGCGCACGGUAAAACGCUGACGCAAUUUUCAUUGGCGUGGGUGCUGGCAAAUCCGACAAUUACCUCUGUUAUCAUCGGACCGCGCACAAUGAAACAAUUAGAGGAUAACUUGGGGUGUUUAGAUUGCACGCUAACGGAAGCCGAUGAGGCAACUAUUAACGAAUUGGUCCCUCUCGGAGAACACACCGGUAAAGGGUAUAACGAUCCGGCGUAUCCGGUGCUGGGACGGUUAACACAGGGUUAA